ACCCUAGCUAAUUCCCCACCACCUCGGCGACCGAUCCCAUGGCGACGGCGAGGCUGCGAUCCGCGUCGGCGUCCUCUCUCCGCGGGGCGCUCCUCCGCCACUGCGCCGCGGGGCCCGCAGCCGCUCCCGCGCGCACCGUCUCAGAUUUUCAGGUUACUAAAUCUGCAACGUGGAGGUAUUUCUCAACGUUUAAGCAGAAUCCUCUUGCAAAAGGCGACAGAUUCAGUCCAAUCCCUUCUCUGUACGGUCAGGCAAGAUGGGCUUCUCAAGCCACUGCCAUCAAAGAAACUGACCCCAGUGGCGGCAAGAUAAGCAUUGGGCCCAAAUCCAAGCAGAUCAAGGAGGACGGCGAUAAAGAUGACGAACUUGUUUAUCAGGGACCGAUAUCAUCAACCAUCAAGAAAGUGAAGCUCCUGUCCCUAUCCACCUGCUGCCUCUCCGUCUCCCUCGGCCCCGUGAUAACCUUCAUGACUUCACCCGACAUGAACGUGAUCCUCAAGGGCGGAGUUGCAGCCACUGUGAUCUUCCUCAGCGCCACCACGACUGGAGCCUUGCACUGGUUCGUGAGCCCCUACAUACACAAGCUGAGGUGGCGGCAGGGUUCAGACAGUUUUGACGCAGAGAUCAUGUCGUGGCUGGCUACACCCCUGAAGAAGACGAUCAAGUUUGCUGACAUCAGGCCUGCGGAGACGAACCGGCCUUUCGUCACCUUCAAGGCCAAUGAGAGCUUCUACUUCGUAGACGCCGAUCACUUCCAGAACAAGGCCUUGCUGGAGAGGCUCACGCCCAAGCACCCUCACGAGUCCGCAUUCAAGAACUUAUGAUGCGAGUUGCUCCAGUGAGGCGGUGAGUGUGCCUGUGCUUGUGAACCUUGUUGGGCGCUCGGAUUUUAUUUUCAUGUAGCUUAUACUUGUGAGAAGAUCUUAGUAUAUGUCAUUGCUGUUAUUUACCUUCUGUAUGGAGACUUGCGGAUCACAUUUGUAGAAUUUUUUUUACCAGCGAGAGCACAGGUGAAUGGGCGAUGUGCACUCCUAUGCUAUAUUGAAUAAGUAGCAGUGACAUGUCCCUCUCGGAUUGGCAGUUUCUUUGAAGAUGGUAGCAAUGCUCCCAGUUCCAGUCAUGGACAUUUUCAACUGUUUUGCCUUGAAAGGCAGUGAUACUGUAUUUUUUUUAACAGUUUCUGCCGAAGCUAUUAAUGUUGUAUAUCUGAACAAUGCAUGAUUUUCUGUGUUU